UUCCUGAUAGCCGCCCGGGCUUCGCUCUCGUCGCCACUGAACUCCGCCACCGUGAACUCGGUCACCGCCGCGGCGCAGCAGACGGUCUACAGGUUACAGAUGGACCAGCAGGACCAGUCCUAUAUGUUUGCCAGUCUGAAGCGGCCUCACUCGGAGCAGUUGCUGCAAGGCCUCCAGCUCUUGCGGCAGGAUCACGAACUAUGUGACAUUGUCCUGCGCGUGGGUGAUGCCAAGAUCCAUGCCCACAAAGUAGUGCUGGCCAGCAUCAGCCCAUACUUCAAGGCCAUGUUCACCGGUAACUUGUCGGAAAAGGAGACCUCCGAAGUGGAAUUCCAGUGCAUCGACGAGACUGCCUUGCAGGCCAUUGUUGAGUAUGCCUACACCGGCACCGUGUUCAUCUCCCAGGAGACGGUGGAAUCUCUGCUACCGGCUGCUGACUUACUCCAGGUUAAGCUUGUACUUAAGGAGUGCUGCUCUUUCUUAGAGAGCCAGCUGGAUGCUGGAAACUGUAUAGGCAUCUCCCGCUUUGCAGAGACGUAUGGCUGCCAUGACCUGUGCCUAGCCGCAACUAAGUUCAUCUGUGAGAACUUUGAGGAAGUUUGUCUUACAGAGGAGUUUUUUGAACUGACUAGGGCAGAGUUGGAUGAAAUUGUGUCCAAUGACUGCCUUAAGGUGGUCACAGAGGAGACUGUAUUUUACGCCCUGGAAUCGUGGAUCAAAUACGAUGUGACCGAGAGACAGCAGCAUCUGGCUCAGCUGCUGCACUGUGUCCGCCUUCCUCUACUCAGCGUCAAAUUUCUCACUCGCCUAUAUGAAGCCAACCACCUUAUACGAGAUGACCACGCAUGCAAGCACCUGCUCAACGAGGCCCUCAAAUAUCAUUUUAUGCCUGAGCACCGGCUCUCCUAUCAGACUGUGUUGUCGGCACGGCCAAGGUGUGCCCCGAAGGUGCUGCUUGCAGUAGGAGGCAAGGCUGGAUUGUUUGCAACAUUAGAAAGCAUAGAAAUGUAUUUCCCUCGGACAGAUUCAUGGAUAGGACUGGCCCCUCUCAGUGUACCCCGGUAUGAGUUUGGAGUGGCAGUGCUGGACCACAAGGUGUAUGUGGUGGGAGGCAUCGCCACACACAUGAGGCAAGGCAUCAGCUAUCGGAGACACGAGAGCACAGUGGAGAGCUGGGACCCCGAGAGCAACACCUGGUCCUCGGUGGAGCGUAUGGCCGAGUGCCGUAGCACACUCGGGGUGGUGGUCCUGGCGGGCGAGCUGUACGCACUCGGAGGCUAUGAUGGACAGUAUUACCUCCAGUCGGUGGAGAAGUUUGUUCCCAAGUUGAAGGAGUGGCAGCCUGUGGCACCCAUGACCAAGUCCCGCAGCUGCUUUGCCACCGCCGUGCUGGAUGGCAUGGUGUACGCUAUCGGAGGCUAUGGCCCAGCCCACAUGAACAGCGUGGAGCGGUACGACCCCAGCAAGGAUGCCUGGGAAAUGGUAGCCCCCAUGGCAGAUAAAAGGAUCAACUUCGGAGUAGGCGUCAUGCUCGGCUUCAUAUUUGUGGUUGGCGGACACAACGGCGUGUCCCACCUUUCCAGCAUUGAGAGAUAUGAUCCACAUCAGAACCAGUGGACAGCCUGUCGGCCAAUGAAUGAACCUCGCACUGGUGUGGGCUCCGCCAUCGUUGACAACUACCUCUAUGUGGUGGGAGGUCACUCCGGGUCAUCCUACCUGAACACUGUCCAGCGCUACGACCCCAUCUCAGACAGCUGGUUGGACUCCAGCGGCAUGAUGUAUUGCCGUUGCAACUUUGGUCUGACUGCCCUUUGACCCAUGGCCCAGCCAGCUAGGACCCAAUAAGAGAACUUAGACACAAAGACGUUUCUUUUUUGGUUGUCUCCUGCUCCUCCUUCCCCACAUUCAUCCUCCAGGUGCAGAGGAGCGCUGCACACCAACGUGAACACCAGAGGAAGCGAGAGCCUGCUGGGUGGAUGGAUGUGCCGGGCUAGCUGGCUGUCUAGCUGGCUGGCUAGCGGGGGACCACAGACAUGGCUGCAGAGAUGAGAAAGAGCUGCACGGUUGUGCAGAACGGAGAGGAAGACGGUUGGACGGCUGUUGUCCCGGGCACGAGGAGACGACCACUCUACUGCUGCUGGACCACAAUGAGGACUCUGAGCCAUUUCCCAGAGGACUGUGGGAGAAACUUUUGUUUCAAAAAAUUCUGUUAUGUUAGCAGACAUUUCUUUUAGUUUUCCUUCAUGCCAUUAAUUGUGUUUAACACUCAAAUCCUUUUUUUUUUUUUUUUUUUUUUUUUUAUAAUUUCCCUGCUGCAACUGGAACCACGUGUUCAGAUUUUGAAGAACACCUCAGAUUGCUGGUGUAUUUGUAUGAAUAUGUGGUUGUUGGCCAUGUAGUGUGUAUGUCCGUGUGUAUGCUUGAGGGGGUCUAGCAUGUCAGAUAGGAUUGUCUGUUUGUUACGUGUCAGGGUGCAGAGCUGAUGCUCGGGUUCAGCGAGCAUCAGCAGGAGUUCUGCAUCAAAAUCAGUGCUUCACAAAAAAAGAGAAAAGUUUAAAUCUUUAUAUUUUCAAAAAGGGCUGCCUUUUUUCUCUCUUGUAAAUAGUUUAAAUAUAAAUAUAUAGAUAUGAAUAUAUCCUCUAGUGCAUUGCCUGUAAAUGUUUUUCUGCACUGGGUCACUAGUGUGUGUGAGCGGAUGUGUGUGUGUGUGUAGUUUGAGUCCAAGGGUCAGUGUAGAGGUGAGUGACACUAGUUUCUGCUUCAUCCUCGGAGCAAUUUAAAAAAGCCCCACGUUCUUGCUUCUGUUACAUCUUCCUAAGGUCAGGUCAUGCACUUGCUACUCUUCACAAUAGUUGAAAUCGACCUUGGCCCUCUUUUCACCCUUUGGUCUGUACACAAUACCAACUGGUGCUAUAUUUAGGAUUCAGGAUUCAGCUGUUUGUCUGUGUUGCCUCACGCAAUUAGAUCAGCCUCUGCUCCAUUACAGCGUAAGAUGUUUGUUAUUUAAGUUAAGCGCAUGUAGUUGCGUUACGGUGGAUGGCCAACCAUGCAAUAAAACUGAAAGGGAAGUCCACAAACUUCUAUCCUCCCUAAAUAUCUAAAAAAAAAGUAUGAAAAUUAGCUCUUUUUUUCUGUUUCUUAUUUAUUUAAAAUAUAUCCAAGUAAGCGAUCCCCUGCCUCACAUUGUCCCUGUUGCUGGAUAUGAGCAUGCUUUGUCAUUGUCUCAAUGCCUGUUCCUGUUGUACUGUCACUCUCUUGGCUAUGAACAAGACUUCUUUGCCUUUGAUUGGGGCUGACACCUGCUAUCAAACAUGUGAUCUUCAUGUAGCCACGUUUUUGCUUGCGAGCUCAGGCUUGAGGUUAUCUGUUCACAGCUUCUUUUGAAGUGCCAAAACAUGACUUUUUUUUUUUUUUUUUUCCCCCGUGUGUGCAUCUUUCCCACCUCCAGUGCUGGAAAACGGCUUCCUUUGUGUGCCACAGUUAAAACAUUUUCUUCUCGUCCUUAUUGCUAAUGUAUUAGCAUGCAAUUCUUCCAUGCUGUCAUUUGGAGAUGGAUGAUAAAGCACCAACGGCUGUGCCAGCCAACUCAGGCCAUGUUCCCACUGUCACCAGUCCUGUGUGCUGGGAGGGAGACCAGAGCGUUCCCCUGGGUGUGUUUGACUCCAGACUGGCUCAGGGUGUCACUGUGCAGCCUUGGGUCAGGCUAACCGACAGGUCAAGCAAUGCACCGCAAUAG